ACACGCGCACACACAAACAGUGGAUGCUGCACGAAGGAUCACGUGACCGAGCAGCAUUAGAGGGAAGUGAUGCGUUCACCGAAAUCAAAAGGCUGCGUGGAUUUUAGGAACAGGGAGGGGGAAUUGAGAAACCCUUCUUUGUCUGGAGGGACAACAAAAAGUGGACAGAGGAAACGUGUAUCUUAUUUCAUCUUACAUUUUUUUUUUUUGCUAAUUUGAGGAUUCUGCAAACACUAAAGCCGACUGUUGAAGCGCGUUUUAAAUCAAAACAACAACUGUAAAGUCGGGAUUGUUCGUAAACGUCUCUAGACGGUCUACACCUGCUUCUAAUAGCAACCAGCAGGAUUUGAUGCAAUUUGGCCAAAUCUAGCCCCUUGUUUCCUUGUUUAUGUUGGAGGGUGGUUUGUUUACAGGGCGGGCUGUGGAUCAGGGGCCUGCGUAAACACCGGCGUCCGCAGAUAGAUGCUCUUUACUCCGACGUUCUUGCUGUCGAGGCUCCUCCGACAUCUCUCCAUCAUCAUGUUCAGCUCUGACAGACUCACAGUACCGGAAUAUGUCAGCCGGCUCCAGCGAAGGAGGAGCGGCUCAGGGAGCGAGCCCAAGGCCGUUUCUCCGGGGUUCAGCACCGAAGUCCAGGCAGUCUUGAACACUUCCCUCCCGGCCCUGCGCUCAGCCAUCCAGAUGCUGAAGUCCGCUCAAGAACACUCGGACUCGAACGAGAUCCGCAGGGCUGUCGCAGACAUCUACCAGCUGGUGAAGGAGGCCUGGGUUUUACCUGGCGUCGGACGUCGGGUGGCUGAAGAAAUCUGCAAUCGGAUCCGGCUGGAUGGAGGCCUGGCGCUGGUGCUGCAGCUCCAACAGACGCCCGAUGUGGAGAUCAACUACGAGUCUGCAAAACUCCUGGAGCAGAUUCUCACCUCAGAGAACAGGGACUAUGUUGCACGCCUGGGUCUAGGAGUCAUCCUCAACCUGGCUCAACAGCAUGAGGAUGCUCAGCUGGCUCGCAGUGUCUCCGGCAUCCUAGAGCACAUGUUCAAACACACAGAGGAAACAUCUGUCAACCUCAUCUCCAACGGGGCCCUGGAUGCUCUCCUUUUUUGGUGCCGAGGCAAAGAUCCCACCGUGCUGCGCCACUGUGCCGUAGCGCUGGCAAACUGUGCCAUGUACGGAGGCCACCGCUGUCAGCGGUGGAUGAUUGAGAAGCAGGCGGCUGAGUGGCUCUUCCCUCUGGCUUUCUCUAAAGAGGACGAGCUUAUCCGCUUCCACGCCUGCCUGGCUGUGACCGUGCUGGCUGCAAACCGAGAAAUCGAGAAGGAGGUGGUGAAAUCUGGGACUUUGGAGCUGGUCGAACCUUUCAUUGCAUCUCUGGAUCCAGAUGACUUUGCCCGCAGUUUAUCGGACAGCGCCGAUUGCAUGCAGGGAAAGUCUGCAUCUGACCUCCAGCACCUCUUGCCUCUGCUGGAUGGCACAAGAGUGGAGGGAAAGUGCAUUGCUGCCUUUUACCUUUGUGUUGAGGCUAGUAUCAAGUCCCGUCAGCACAACACUAAGAUAUUUCAAGAGAUUGGAGCAAUUCAGAGCCUGAAAAGAAUCGUCAUGUACUGCAGCAUGGGUACAGCCUGUUUACUUGCCAAGAAGGCGCUAAGCAUGAUGGGAGAAGAAGUGCCCAAAAGAAUCUUCCCAUCUGUCUCCAACUGGAAAAGCUCUGAAGUGCGGGUGUGGUUGCAGCAGGUGGACUUCAGUGCUUAUUGUGACCGUUUCCAGGAGCUUCAGGUGGAUGGAGAUCUCCUUCUGAACAUAACAGAUCAAGAUCUGAGUUCUGAUUUGGGCAUGACUGCAGGUCUCACCCGUAAGAGAUUUUUGCGAGAGUUACGAGUGCUCAAAACAUAUGCUGACUACUCCACAAGCGACCCAAACAACAUGAGUGACUGGCUGGCUGAGGUGGACCCUCUUUUCCGUCAGUACACCUACGGCAUGGUCCAAUCAGGAGUGGAUCGAAACAACAUCCUGAACCUCAAUGAUCACCACCUUCAGUAUGACUGCCACAUAGAAAAUGGAGUCCACAGAGCAAAGAUACUGUCCGCCAGCCGCAAACCAUCCAAGCCAUGCCACACAGACGCGCAGCCGCCUGGGCCCGACGUGUUCAUCAGCUACCGCCGGACGACCGGCUCCCAGCUGGCUAGCCUUCUGAAGGUGCACCUACAGGUCAGAGGAUACAGUGUCUUCAUAGACGUGGAAAAGCUGGAGGCUGGCAAAUUUGAAGACAAACUGGUUCAGAGUGUGCAGCGGGCGCAGCACUUUAUCCUGGUCCUGUCAGCCAACGCACUCGACAAAUGCAUGGGCGACACUGGCAUGAAGGAUUGGGUGCACAAGGAAAUAGUCACAGCCCUGGCUUGUAAGAAGAACAUUGUUCCUGUCGUGGAUAAUUUCGUGUGGCCUGAACCCACGUCAUUACCUGAAGACAUGAGACCUGUACUCAACUUCAAUGGCAUCAAAUGGUCUCAUGAAUAUCAGAAGGCCACAGUUGAGAAGAUCCUCCGCUUCCUGAAAGAACCACAAGACCAAACUGACCGUGCUAAUAAGUCCAAAGAGCAGGAGAAAAAAUAAGUGGACAAAAAGUGCAGCAGAAUCAAAUACCAUUCAUGAUGUCUCCUUCCUUCCACAUGUUGUAGUCAAAAACUCUCAAAUGGUUUUCCUUACUGCUAAAGACGAUUGUAAAAUGAAGUAUGUUUGGAGCUCACAUAAAUGACCUAUAAAUUAUCCCAGUUUAAAUUGUCAACGCAUGAAAUUGUGAAAGGGAAUUCAAGUACUUCAACAAACUUUAAUAUGUCAAUGUUAUUGAAUGAUACUGUUUUAAACGUAUAACCAGGUGCAGUAUACACCUUUUGUAUCUCAGGAAAAAAGCAGUAAUAAACCAACAGGGACCCAGAGAAUCCACCAAGCCUUCGUUUCUCUUCAAUGGUUAUUGUACAUGCAGCUUUCUCUCUGUUAACUUGUAUGUACUAAAUCAAUAAAAGCAGGUCUUACUAUUACAGAAAAAA